AUGAAACAUCUAACGACACAUACAAAAGAUAAACCUUAUAAAUGUGAUCUCUGUAGUAAAUCAUUUACCAGGAAGUAUGGUUUGGGAAGACAUAUAAAUACACAUACUGGAGAGAAACUUUUUAAAUGUGACAUCUGUAGUAAAUCAUUUACUAGAAGUCAUGAUUUAACAAGACAUUACAUGCUAGAACACAUUCUGGAGAAAAACCUUACACGUGAUUAUUGUAAACAAUCAUUUAGCAUGAACCAUGAUUUGACUAGACAUAUUAGAACGCAUACAGGAGAAAAACCUUUCAAAUGUGAUUUUUGUGAUUUCAUUUGCUGGCAGGAAAUUGCUGCAAGGGGUGAACUGAAAAGACAUAACAGAACGCAUACUGGAGAGAAACCUUAUACUUGUGAUUUUUGUUGUAAAUCAUUUGCUUCUAGCAGUGAAAUGAUGAGGCAUGUAAAGACUCACACAGGAGAAAAACCACAUAAAUGUGAUGUUUGCAGUAAAUCUUUUGUUCAGAAAAGUCAUUUCAUUUGUCAUAUGAGGAUACAUACUGGGGAAAAACCUUAUGAAUGUGAUGUUUGUAGUGAUUCAUUUUUUCAGAAAAGUCAUUUAACCAAUCAUGCCUUAAAACAUACUGAACUUAAACCUUUUAUGUGUGAAUUUUGCUACAAAUCAUUUUUUUUAAACCGUAACUUGACAAUACAUACAAGGACACACACAGGAGAGAAACCCUAUCAAUGUGAUUCUUGUGGAAAAUCAUUUAUCAGCAACAGUAGUUUGACAAAACAUAUCAAAUCACACAGUUGGGAGAAGUAG